AUGGCCGACAUUGAGCUCGAAGAUGGUGUGAACGCGAAAUUUUCCAGCUUAGGACUGAAUGACUGGUUGGUGAAACAGUGUAAAGCUGUUGGUAUUACAAAACCAACACCUAUACAAUACUACUGUAUACCCCAAAUUCUUGAAGGUGUUGACUGUUUAGGGUGUGCUAAAACUGGUAGUGGUAAGACGGCUGCUUUUGCUUUACCAAUAUUGCAAAAACUUUGUGAAGAUCCCUAUGGUAUAUAUGCACUUGUUUUGACUCCAACACGGGAAUUAGCCUUCCAGAUUGCAGAACAAUUUAGAAUAUUGGGUAAACCAAUAGGUUUGAAAGAUGCUGUUAUCAUUGGAGGUAGAGAUGUCAUGCGCCAAGGGAUGGAUCUUGCUGAUAAACCACAUGUUGUCAUAGCAACACCUGGUCGAUUGGCUGAUCAUAUUAAUAGUUCCAACACAUUUAGUCUGAAGAAAAUCAAGUUUUUAGUACUUGAUGAAGCCGACAGGCUUUUAGAAGACACAUUUGCAGAGGAUCUUCAAGUUAUAUUUGAUGCUCUUCCCGAGAAGCGACAGACGCUACUAUUCAGUGCCACGUUGACGGAUAAACUUGAAAAACUGCAGACAUUGGCUUUGAAUAAACCAUUCUUCUGGCAGUCCAAGGCAGAAAUAGCUACAGUUGAACAACUAGAUCAGAAAUAUGUGCUUAUUCCAGCAAAAGUGAGAGAUGCAUAUUUAGUUCACAUUUUACAAAAGAUUUGCUCUGAGACGGAAGAUUAUUCAAUGAUUAUAUUUUCAAAUACGUGCAAAAAUUGUCAGUCAUUGUAUUUGAUGUUGAAAGCAUUGGAGUUUCCAUGUACUCCUCUGCAUUCUAUGAUACCUCAGCGAGAUCGUAUUGCAUCGCUAGCACAGUUCAAAUCUGGAAGAGUACGAAUAUUGUUAGCAACAGACGUAGCCAGUAGAGGACUUGAUAUUCCGAUUGUACAACUGGUGGUUAAUCACAAUGUACCAUGGUCUCCUAUUGAUUAUGUACAUCGCGUUGGAAGAACUGCUCGAGCAGGUCGUGGUGGAAUGGCUUUAACUCUGAUGACGCAAUAUGAUGUCAAAUUAAUUGAGGCAAUCGAAAAACAGAUCAAUACAAAAUUAACUGAGUAUCCAGUUGAUGACAAAGAGGUUUUGACAAUACUUAAUGAAGUCUCUGUUGCGAAAAGAGAAGCUGAAAUGAGACUGGAGGAACAAGACUUUGGAGAGAGGAAAACAAUAAACAAGAGAAAGAAGCUCAUAAGAGAAGGAAGGAAUCCAGAUAAAGUAUUAAAUAAAAAGAAGAAAAGGAGAAAAGAAAAAAAAUGAAGAAAUAACAAAGUUGUUUGCAUUUUAAAUAAGUUUUGUUAAAACCAAAGUUGUUCAUUGUACAGGUAUUGCAAACUGCAAAAAGUGUCUGCAGCUGUAGUAUCUAUUAUACAUGUAAAUAUUGUAUAUAAAAUAUUAAUAAAAACAUGUUAUUAUGCACUAA